UUGUGCGAUAACCGCUAGCCCAUAGGCCAUAGCCCCUUCCUUCGGUCCCCAUCCUCGGCGUCGCUGCGUGCUUCCCCGCCGGCGCCGGCGCCGGCAGCUAUGCUCCCCGUCCAGAAACAACACCUUCCUUUCUCCUUCCGUCCCCAUACGACCGUGACGCUCCUCUCGUUGCGGCACCACCAAUGCCGUCUACCCACGACACGAUUCUCCACCACCGCCGCCGCCGCCGCCGCCGCCGCCGCCGCCUACUCAGCUAGCCGCGCCGACCCCUUCGCCGUCGAGGAAUACCUCGUAUCCACUUGCCAUCUUACCCCAGCGCAGGCGCUCAAGGCCUCCAAGGUGCUCUCUCACCUCAAGUCCCCCUCCAGGCCCGACGCAGUGCUCGCCUUCCUAUCGGGCCUCGGUCUCUCCGACGCUGACAUCGCCGCCGCCGUCGCCUACGACCCGAAGCUCCUCUGCUCCGAGGUCGAGCGCACGCUGGCCCCGCGCCUCGCAGAGCUCCGGGACCUCGGCCUCUCGCCGUCCCAGAUCGCCCGCCUCGUCCUUGUUGACCCCGCGCGCUUCCGCCGCCCCACCGUCGUCUCCAAGCUGCAGUACUACGUCCCCCUCUUCGGCUCCUUCGACAACCUGCUCCAGGCUGUCAGGAGCAACGCCUACCUCCUCAGCUCCGACCUCGAGCGGGUGGUCAAGCCCAACGUCGCGUUCCUGAUGGAGUGCGGGCUAGAUGCUUGUGAUAUUGCCAAGCUGUCCGUCCCCGUGCCCAGGCUGAUCACCACCAACCCAGAACGCGUCCGGGCCAUGGUGGAGCGAGCCGAGGCUGUCGGCGUGCCUCGUGGAACCGGGAUGUUCAGGCACGCACUGCUCGCAGUCGCGUUCCUUAGCGAGGAGAAGAUCGCCGCCAAGGUGGAGUUCCUGAAGAAGACGUUCCGGUGGUCAGAAUCUGAGGUGGCCAUUGCGGUUUCCAAGCUACCGUUGAUAUUGAAGCACUCUAAGGACAGGCUGCGCCGCAUGUCGGAGUUCCUGAUCACCCAGGUCGGGUUGGAACCAGAGUACAUAGCUCACAGGCCUGCUCUGCUUACAUAUAGCUUGGAGCGCCGCCUGAUGCCCCGGCAUUAUGUUGUGAAGUUCCUUAAGGAAAAUGGAUUGCUGGAGCAGGACCGGAGCUACUAUACCGCAGUCCAAGUGAGUGAGAAUGUCUUCAUGGAGAAGUUCAUACAUCCUUACAAGGAAGCUGUACCAAGCCUUGCCCAAGACUAUGCUGCUGCUUGCAGAGGAGAAUUACCUGCUACCCUCAGAUUUCAGGAACCCUGCACAGGCCCGGCAAAUGCUUAGCUAUGUAGUGCUUAUCAGUGUUUAGACACUGAUGAGGAGUGAGCUGGUAGUUUUGUAAGUGUUCUUGCCUAAUCACAUGCUGGUUCGGUUGUGGUUAACACCCAGUGGAACUAGUAUUUUGAUUCUUGAAUCCUGAUUAUAGACUUGACUUCUGGUAAAGAAGCAGGUGUGGCAUAGUUAUGACCAUAACUAGAUCUAUCUUUUCUCUGUGUUGAUUAAGUCGACUGGAACCUUCAGCAUCUUUACCUUUUGAGAAGCUUUGUUGGUCACCAA